UGGCUCGCUCCUGUUUCAUUUUCUCUCCUAUACCAUCGUGGAGCUGUACCUGUUUCCAGCGAAAGUUCCAACGGUAUUGCAGGGAGAUGAGUUUCCUCCUGAAAUGUGCUAUAAUUCUUGCGCUGUCCAUGGCAUGUGCUGUGAGAUGCUAUGCAUGUUCAAACAAUACCGAGCUGCUGGCGUCUAAGCUACAAGAACUCUCGAGUCGCCAACCGGGUGUAGAUGACCCUGACAGAUGCGCAGAAAUUGAGACCUUCAUUGCAAGAAAGGGAUAUGGCUUCCAACGACACAGCGUGACAACGGAAGAUGGCUACAUAAUUGAGAUUCAUCGCAUACCGCAUGGACUGAAAGCCUGCAAUGCAAGCAGCAAACCUGUAGUGUUCCUCAUGACUGGACUCUUCUUAGAUUCCACAUCCUACGUCUUAGAUUUCGCGAACCAGUGUGCAGGAUUUUUUCUUGCCGAUAACUGCUACGACGUAUGGAUCGGCAAUUACCGAGGAACUACCCUGUACGGAAAACGCCACGUAAACGAAACGUUCCAGAAUUCUCCAGAAUUUUGGGAUUUCACCUUCCAUCAGUAUGGCUUCUUUGACUUGCCGGCCGAAAUUGAUUUUGUACUUCAUAAGACUGGCAAGAGCCAACUGUUCUUUGUGGGGCUAACUCUUGGAACUACCUCGUUCAUGGUGAUGAUGUCGGAGCGACCACAGUAUAACGAUAAGAUCAUAGCCGCUGCAUUCCUGUCCCCGGUGCACGACCUAGAUCAUGUGACGCUUCCCUUCUACGUGGCCACGUUUCCAGUUGGCGAAGAAUUUCUGACGGGUAUAUAUCACGCUGGAGAGCGCGAGUUUCUGCCGAAGAACAUGACAGCUACGCAGCUCGCAUCCUUCGUGUGUCAGGAUCCGGGUUGCCUUUUCUGUGGCCUCUUUCUGCAGUACACAAUUGACAUGGAGAGCAAGUACGUCAAUGGGACAAGGACUCCUGUCUACCUUUGUCAGUUCGGGGCCGGAACAUCUACUCUUAACGCCAUUCAUGUGUAUCAAGUUGGGAAGCACAAGAAAUUUCAGACUUUCGACUGCACAUACAUAAAACCUUCUUCCAUGGAUUGCAGCCCACCACGACCCUACGACAUCAGCAAGACGCAAGUGGACGUUGGGAUGUUCUACUCCGACGGGGACGAGCUCGCCACCCCACCGAGUGUUCAAUCCCUCAUCGCAAAGCUCGGAGAUCGAGUGAAAUUCGUUCAACACAUUCAGGAUACCGAAUUUGGCCACGCCAACUUUGUGACCGCUGCCUUAAUUCAGGAAUCCUACAUCCUUAAACCCAUGUUAGAAUUCUUUCGUCGGUACCACUAACAGGAGGGGGGAGUUCGAUUUCUCUCUUCCUGGGUGAGAACGGUAUUCUCUGCCAGUCAGCAAUUUCUAGUCCGAUGCUGAUUGAUUGAUUGCCAAUUGCUAUUAUACUUUUUCGUGCCUCCAAUCGAAUAAAUAAUUUCCGUUUC